ACACCCCAAGCUCAUUCUCCCCAUCUCGAGAACGGAAGACAGCGGCAGGAGAGCGUUGAGACAACUAGUAGAACAGAUAUCAGAGAAGCAUGGAGAAGAGGAGCCACCGCCAACUGCGCCUCCACUCUCUCUCCUCUUCUUCUUCUCCUGUUCAUCCUACUUUAGCGUUUUAGUAUCAUGAACAGAGCCUACCGGUUUGUAGCAGAAGAAGAAUGGCUCUUCUGUCGCUUUUGGAUCAUCUCUACUGCCAAGAAGACAACUUGGAGUUAGAAGAUGAGCGAAUAGAGUCGGUGCUGCCACUUGCAGACGACCGUGAGACCGAGCGCUACGUCCUCUUGGCGGCGGAGGCUGAGGACGAGGAGGAGUGGGCGGAGGUGCUCUGCGCCCUCGCGGCCAAAGAAGUGGAGGCUUUGGGCGACCUCGUCCCUCACGGCUGCGGCGGCGACUCCUACUUGCCGUCGGCGAGGAAAGCCGCGGCGGAGUGGAUCGCGCGCGCCGCAGCUACCUACGCCUUCUCCGCCCUCACGGCGGUGCUCGCCGUUAACUACCUCGACCGGUGCUUCCUCUCCUGCGCCGCGGGCGGCGGGCUGCUCCGGCUCCGGGACGGCAAGCCGUGGAUGGGCCGGCUUGCCGCCAUGGCGUGCCUUUCGUUGGCGGCGAAGGUGGAGGAGACGCGCGACCCUUUCCUGCUCGACCUACAGGUGCCUGCGACGCCGGAGGCGGCGGAGGAGGAUGAAGGCGAGUUCGUGUUCGAGUCCAAGACCAUCAGGCGGAUGGAGCUUCUGGUGCUCUCCGCCCUCGGCUGGAGGAUGAAUCCGGUCACCCCCCUCUCCUUCAUCCACCACGUCCUCCCUCGGCUCUUCUCAAAGGCCGAAAACGCCGACUCCCCGGCUACCGCCAUUGCCGUCCGAAUCCAAACGGUGGUGAGGAGGUGCGAAGCGGUUCUUCUAUCCGUAAUAGCCGAUAGGAGAUGGGUCCAAUAUCCUGCAUCAGUCUGGGCAUCGGCUGCGCUGCUCCGGGCUACGGUGCCCGUUGACGGAGAUGUCGCAGCUGUAGAUUCUCAAGGAAUCCAUCACCUCGUUGCCCUUCUCAACGCCCCAAAGGAAAAGGUGGAAGAAUGCUAUCAGCUACUCGUGGAGUCAGUGCGCGCCGGCGUUGUCGGCCACAAGCGCAAGCAUUCCUCUUCCGCUUCCUGUUACUGUUCAUCGCCACGAAGUCCCAGCGGGGUGAUCGGAUCCUGCUUCAGCUGCGAGAGUCCAUGUGACUCAUGGGCAGCGUGGCCGCCGUCAUCCCCCCCGUCCUCCCCCGGGGCGGCUCCUCCCUUCAAGAGACCCAGUGGCAACACCACCACCAAGUCCUUCGUUGUUGACGGUGUGGAAACUGUUUCGAUCUAAGUAGUAUCAAUAAAAGUUACGGCAAUGGAUCGCAGAAGCAGACUGCCUUCCAUCUCUGCCAUUGAGGAGGCCAUGGCUGGGAGCUCCAGGGAGCAGUUUUGGUUGCCAAUGGAAGCAAUUGAAGAAGGUGGAGAGACUUCUGAAAAAGAACGUCUGAUCGCAGAAAAAGGAGGCAGAGAUGGGUGGCAUUGUUCUUUUCGCCUUUUAAAUUACAUGGAGAAGAAACUAUUGCACUUCUGUAGUUGAUCCCUACUGUUCAUCUAGCUAGCUCAUGUCCUUUCUGUUCUCUCAUCAAUGCAUUGCCUUCCUCUUCCUUCGAGUGCCA